AUGGGCGGGGUUUCGUUGCUAGGCAGUGGGUUGCGAGGCCCAGGCCUGAGGUUGAGCCUGGUGCUGCUCCGUUUUCAGUGGCGGCGGUGGCACUGGUUGGAGCUGGACUCUCAGCUUGGGUCUAUGAAUGCACUCUGCCGGUUGUGCCCCCGCUGGAAGAUGCCGGGCGCGGGAAAACGUGAAAUUUCUCCUGAGUACAGGUCACCAGAAACUUGUGGCAUCAAAACAGAAAGCCUAGACGAGUUUACCAGUUCUGUGAGUGAGCAGCAAAAUGCAGUUAAAGAAAUGGGAGCUUCUGGACUAUCACAAUUCUCUUCCAAUGGAUUUAUAUGGACAUCAGGCUUUCCUCUUUCAUCACAUUUGCCUGGACUGUUCAGGGUUUUGCAGAUAUUAUACUAUAACCAGACUAUUACCUUAUACAAAAGGUUUUUUGCUCUCUCCAGGAACCUGAACUGCAAAGAGAACAAAGAAAACAACCAACUUCAUCUUCAAAAUAAAGAACAAAGUAAUAACGAUGAUGGUUGCAGUCAGGAAAGUGACAACUUUCCACCAAUCCCCCCUACUUGGUGCUGUAUGAAAGGAUGCCACAACUGUGUAUGGAUUUCAUAUGCAGAGGAAAUGACACAGUACUACCAGAAUGGAGAUCAAAAAGCCCUCGAGGAUAUUGAUAAAUAUGUUGAUGAUGAGAAUCUUAAAGCUUUUAUUAAAAUGGAAAUAAAAUUAAGGCAAAAGAAAUAAUAUUUGGAUCAUUUG